UUGUUGCCUACUGGUUGUUUGCCUCCAUGCGUGCCGGUGGGAAGGCUCGACGAUAAAACGUGUUUAACAUGAUGAACGUCUAGUCUUUUGAUCCUCCAAAAAUAAAAAUGUGGCGGCCUCUGAAAAUAUUGACUCUCCUCGCCGUCUGCCUUUAUUCGUUGGCCGAGGCCAAGUCCAAGCUGAACGUGCCAAGAAUAUUACUGCCGAUAUUCCGUGAGAUUUCCACCAGCUACACUCUGGAAGUGACACCCGGCAUCGGCUGUUACAGAUGGUCUACUUCUCGAUCAGAUUUGAUUCAAGUUGUCCUUGAAGAUCCUCAUGGCGACUGCUCUGUCAACGCGACGGUAAUUGUUAAAACGACUGAGUUAAUGAGAAACACUGCAAUCGUGUUAGCUGAGGAAGUUGACACUAAUGAAGUCCUUCGAGCGGACGUUAUCAUUGACGUUAUACAUUCUUUAAACAUAGUCACUACAACAAGGGAACUCUAUAUGGAAGAACCUCCAGAAAUGUUUGAAGUCCGUGCUUAUGACGACCAAGGUAACGAAUUCACCACCCUUAAGGGAGUUGAGUUUAAAUGGAAUAUAGAAGGAAUGGCUGUGGACCAUCAACCUGUACUGAAAUUCAUAACAUUCCGCGACUCUCUAUACGAAACACCAAGCACAAUAGUCAAUUUUGAGAAAGACAAACAGCAAGGUCAUAUUGUUCUCAUUGAAGGAGUCACAACAGGUAGUGCAAGGGUUUCAGUGCAUUUACCAUAUCCUGAAUACAGUCAUGUAAAAUUGGUAGAGGUGUCAUUAGUUGUUAUUGUCAACCUUAUUCUUGAGCCUGUUGAAUCGUUUAUAUUGAAAGGUGAUACAAUUACCUAUCGCCUUUUGCAGGUUAAACAAAGUAGAUUAAUAGAAGUUGAUCCGAGUGUGAGUAGCCAAUAUGAAAUUCAAGGAGACAGUGAUAAUUUAGUAGAAAUAAGAGAAUUCACAGUAACAGGGACUGAUUUGGGUGUAGUUAAAAUUUCAUUGCAAGAGAAAAAUUCUGAAAUAGAUACGCCAAAAUUGCCCUCCUCUCAACUUACAAUUUGUGAACCUUUUCACAUUAAUCUAGUUAUGUAUCCAAUUGAUAACUGGAUGUUAGUCACUGGUAGUUAUGCAGUGAUAACUGCUGAGUUAUUUACAAGAGAUCAUCACCGAAUUCAUUUGGGACCAAAUGUAGAGAUAAUGAUAACAGUCCCACCCAAGUUAUUUCACAUAGAGAGGAGGUCAAAAAAUGGAUCUGUGGUGUAUGGUUAUGGGGGCGAUUCUGGUUAUGACAGCGUUAAAGCAGCAGUCAACCCACUUUCGAUCGGAUUCUCUGAAAUAGGGCCUAGACAUAAUUUGACCACCUCCGUAACUCUUAAUGUAUUUCCUCGCCUCACAUUAUUUCCAGAAGUGUUGUUUGUUCCUUGGAAUCCUACAAUGCCAAGGUUGAAAGUCAGUUAUGUCGCUUCUGGAGGGGAUGGAGUUUAUACUUGGAAAACAGGGGCCUCUUCUGUGGCAACUGUUUUGGAAAAUGGUGUAGUGGAAACUAGAGGUAUCGGAACGACUUGUGUGACAGUAAGCAUGACGGUGGACCCUACAAAAUUUACACAAGCGAAGCUGUAUGUCGUGGAGCCGAUCGCCAUGGAAAUCAUACCUUAUAUCAAUGAGGUCGUUGUCGGAAGUCCAGUUUACAUUCAUAUUUCCCUCAGCGGUCAUUAUGAAGGUACAUUGACACCUCUUGACUACUGUGACCAUUUCGCUUAUAAAGUCGAAGUAGCUGAUAAUUUCUAUUAUGACAAUUCCUUGAAACAAAAGCCAAAGGUGAAAAACGCUUGCACCGUUUUGUCGAUAGUUGGCAAACAGCCAGGUGUAUCUAAGUUAAGAGUAUCUCUUAGAAUCAAUGGCAUUGAAUUAACUUCCAGUACGCUUAUAUCAGCUUUUGAACCUUUGACUGUAAAUUAUCCAAAAGAAGGAAAACCCGUUGUCCUAGCUUUAGGUUCAUCAAGCCCUAUAGUAUUUCAAAAUGGACCUAACCAUAAUUUUGGAAGGGUUAUACCUUCAAUAAAAUACAGUAAACAGUUGUUAACACAUCACGACAUAAUAGAAAGGCAUCAAUUGUAUAUUUUUUCUGUAAUGUGCGUUAAUCUUGGAGAAACUACUUUUAAGUUGGAAUUGAAGUCAGAACCAGUGUUGAAAUUGUGCAAAGGUGUUAUUGUGGAAGCUUACGUUACAGUGAUAUGUGCUCAUCCGAGGAUAAUAAGCCUAGAACCAUCAUUGCCUUCCACUUGCUCACUCGCAAGUACAAAUUUUGUAUUUUGCCAAAUAUCAUCAAAAUACGAGUGGAACGUUAUUUUGAAAGAUGAUAAAGGGAAUGAUUUUGAUAAUGCCACGAGCUUGUUGUUUGAAUGGAUUCCCGAUAAAGCUGAUUUGAUAAGUAUUGAGAAGAAAUCACCUAUCCAACUUCAUGAAGUGUCAAUGUAUCCAGAUGUUGCGAUACCCAAUGGUCACUACAAAAUGCUUCUAACUAAAAAUAAGACUGGACAGACGGAGCUAAGAACAAAGCUCGUCGGCUUUCAAAAGAGUGCUGUGAAUUUUUUAAAUAAAAUAUACGAUGAUUACGAAAAUUUACUGAAAACUAUUCCCGUAUUGGUUGGUAAACUUCCUGUAAAAAUUGUACACCAAAUCACUACAGAUCCCCAAACGAUUUCUCUUUUCACUCAUCCAAAUGUGAGAGCUGAGAUCAACAUUUCAAAUGGAUCUGGUCAUAUUGACAUCGCUGUGAGUCCAAAGGGAUUGAUAUCGUAUACAAAGCAUGGAAACAUGAUUGAAGUUAAACCGAUACAAGAAGGCAGUGCAGUUUUGUCUGUAAAAGACAAUUGCAUUUUAAAUACUUCAGCACUAGUAGAUAUAAAGAUCGUAGAACUCAAAAUGAUAAAACUUGAAGUAGUAGAAAAAGUUGUGAAAGACACAAUUUUUACAGCAACCGUUUCCUUCCAUGGGAAAGACAACGAACGGUUGACUUUUCCUCCAACUACCAUGGUGGAAUUAGUAACCCACCUUUCUAUUUCCUCGCCGAAUAUUAUUAAACUUGAAGGAGUGGAAACUGGUGAAAUUGAUUAUUCAGCUGGUUCAAUCAUGUUUAAGCUAAAAUCCUUAAACCAUGGAGAAUCGACACUUGUCGCUAAAUGUUUGGAUUUGUUUAGCGAGUCUCAUAUAGUGCAGGUGUUCCCUUCUGUCAAAAUCAGCCCUCAGUCUCUAGUGCUUUGUGUUGGUGCUGAAAUACAAAUCUCCGUCACCGGAGGACCAUCCCACCCUUCACGUGACAUACAGUUUAGCGUAAUAGACAAUUACAUUGUUUCAGUUGAUAAUGUUGGUGUUAUCAAAGGAUUACAUAUAGGGAAGACUCAAGUAAAAGCUAUGGCAUUUAAUGCUUUGAGUGAAAUCUUCAGUGAAGACAGUAUUGAAGUUAGUGUAAUACCUUUGUCAGGGAUUCGUUUGAUUGCACCUGUAAGCAAUCUGUUAGUUGGCAAUGUGAUGCCUGUAUGGGUCACGGGUGUACCAAGCCAACUCACGCCUUUUGUCAUCGGCUCUAUUAAUCCACCAUUACAUUUUCAAUGGAGUGUAAGUUUGCCAAGCGUACUGCAGAUCUAUAAUGUUUUUCAGGAUGCUAAUUUAAAGUUGGAUCAUGACAACAGUUUAUCUAUGAGAGUCAAGGCUCUUAAACCCGGACACAGUCACAUACACGUUGCAGUAUCCGGUCAUAGCUGGGACGGCUCUUUUAUAGUACUCAAUUCGACAAUUGAAAUCCAAGUACUUAGCAGUUUCCACUGGGAGAACCCGAAUUUUGUAAGCAUCCCUUCUAUAAUAGUGGCUCCUGAUUCACAAUUUAACAUCAAAACUAACCGAGAUUUGGAAGGACCCAUUAAUUACAGAAUUAUCAAUCUGAGCAAUAGCUCACACAGAAGUGUCACUUCCAGAGAGUUUAGGGCAGAGAAUUAUGGAGUUUCCUUAGUGGAUUCAUUUAGCGGAAGAGUCCAUGUUAAUAGUCAAAAAGGAAAUAGCGUCAUUGUGGCUUCGUACAAAGAUUAUCUUGGAGAAUUACAGAUAAUAUCACUAAAUGUUAUGAUAAGACCAGUUCAUUAUAUAAUGCUGAAUAUACAGAAUAAAAUUCUGUCUCCAAAUGUACUUUUGCACUCACUGCCUCAAGGGCUUUAUCUUAAACUGUCAGUGACAUAUCACGACCAGUUCGGUACCCCAUUUUAUGCAGCUCCUACUCAAAUAGAUGCACAGUUCAAUGUCUUUGAUAAGACUAAUAUUUCUCCUCAUGGAAAAGAUGAAUUAGAAAUAACUUUAGAAAAAGAGGGAAACACGACAUUAAGAAUUUACGAUAUAAUUGGUGGUUUUGAGGACUAUAUAAAAUUACCAGUGAGAAAUCAUAUAUUUCCUUCAAAGAAAACGCUUGCUUUGGAUGAGAUAGUUUGUUACACAACGAUGGGCAAUUUCAAUGGUACUUGGCACUCUGAUAGUGAUACUGUUAAAAUUGAUGAAUACGGCUUGGCUGUUCCUAUGAGACAAGGAUCAGCAGUUCUUUCAUUCAAAUCAGUUCAAGCUGGGGCAUAUAUAUCAUCAUAUUUACCAGUUGAAAUAUUUCCUACUGAAAUGCUACAACUAGGUCCAUUACCACAGAAUGUGAUUUCAAAUUCAGUCGAAGGAGAAGUAUUUUUCGUACCAGUAUUAUUUGGAACUGUUAAAAAUCUAGAAGAACCUGUCAAGUACAUGCCCACGCCUUGCAACGUCAAUUCUGAAGUGCCGAAAUUUCUCGCAUUUAGGUGUGAGAUAAGAUUCAAUACGCUUCAGACUUCUUAUCCUAUCGAACACCUGUUCGCCGUUCAAGCAAAAUUCGACUUCAAUUCAGGUUAUUACGGAUGUGAAAUAUUUACAUUGACGGGGCCUACGUAUAAUACUAGCAUAAUAAUGGCAAAUAUAAGUAUUCGAGCCAAUUACUACAAUCCAACUGUGUCUCCGGACUCUCUUCUGAUACAUUACGUUCCAAGUGUAUUUGUAUUGCACCGGAGAAUAUAUUUUGAAAAGGACGUUAAUGAAAAGAGUCUUUUUAUAUCUGGAAUUCCAGAAGUAUUGUCACAAAUAACAGUCGAUGUAAAUAACAGACUGCUGUACAUUGUUGGAAAUCCUACAUGUGAUAUGUCUCGAAAACAGUGCGAAUAUAAAAUUUUUAUAGAUUUCUUCUACUGGAAAGGAGUAAAGACAUAUGAAGACGAUUAUGUAAUAAUUAGUUCGCCACUGACAAAACAACUUAUCAAGAUUCCUCUUCUAGUCGAUGACGAGUUGGAUGAACAGACGCUGCCACAAAUUAAAGAUCCUUUAAAAAGGCUUAUUUUACCGCUGAUUACUACAGAGGAGAGAUUCGAGGAUAUUAUGUACUAUGGCUUAUGGCUCUUAGCUAUAUUUACCCCUCUUUGUAUUUCUUAUUUUAUAUUUUUCUUCACCGAACAAUCACCCGCUGCCUUAUAUAGACUGUACAACACAAUACCAAAUCGGCCGAUCAGGGUUCCCGCUGGAUUCGACACACCACAUGAUUUAAUCAGCGAAUCGUUAUCACAGUAUGUCCGUCCUGGGCGGAGAACCUCGCCAGAAAGAAAGCAAUUCUCUUACGGAAACACUCGAAACCUCAACGACUCGUUGUUUAUGUCGUCCGGCUCUUCUGAAUUUUGACUUGAUUAAAAGUCAUGUUUAACUUAUUUACAUAUGUAUAUACAUUUUGAAUCAUCUUGACCUAUGUGCUGCCUAAAUUUACAUGAAAAUUAUGUUUUCGUUUAACUUUUCAAUUUCAGACUUUUGUGUUUGACAGUUUUGUAUUACUAUUACUAUUUUUUUAUACAUAAUGCGGACUUAGAAUAAUAAUAAAGUGCAUUUUCUGUAUUUAGUAGAUUGUAAGACUAGAUGUUAUAAGUAAAUAUUUGAAAUUCACUGUGAUAUCUGAUUCUCUAAAUAAUAGGACUCGUAAAAUUAAUCUAUUGAUGAUUUGCCAUUUGAUUUUUUCUUCAGGUUAUUUAAAAAAAAAAAAUCCUUUUAUACUUUUAAUUUGCAUAAAGGUAAAAAUUGAAAAUUACAACUCAACUUGAUAAAUCUUUUUAAAGGUCCUAGUUCAGACUGAUUCAGACUAAUGUAUGUUUGUUACCUUGAGCAUGUAGACGGAACUGAGUACACAUGUUGAUGCCAUUUUAAAAAAUAAAAUUGAAUUUUAACACAAUUUGUUAAUUGAGUAAAUAAAUGUAACUUUUUUUAAAGAUU